CUGAACAGGAAAAGAUGCACUUGAUGCCACAGUGUCGCACGCGGGACCAGUUGCUCUGGCACACCUCGUGAGACACAGUGCUCAUGGCUCAGCGCUCCUCCUGACCCUGACACCUGAGCUUCAGCAAUGCAUUCUCUCUGUGGCAACAAAGAGUCCUUCAAGGGGGGUUGGGAUGAAGGGCUUUCAUGGGAAAAGAAAAGGACAAAGUCGUCAUAUGACAAACCGAAAAUGAAAACAAGAGACUACAGUGUUUGUGACCCUCUCGUCGCCCGGCCAGUUGUGUUUGUCCUCGUGCUCCUUGGCUUAGCCAUGACGUGCUACGGACGUCCACAGCCUCAGGGCGCCUUGGGGCAUGGCUACCUUCUUGGGUCGCACCGCGCCGCCAGGGAGGUCGGACGCAUCGUUGACUCGCCUGACUCAGCCAAAGGCGACUCUGAACUACACAGUUCAUCGGGAGACAGAAGCCUCACGGAAACCGAGGAUUUAUCCACUGAAAAAAGCCCCAGAGUAAGCUCCGCCUCAUCCACUGAAAUAAGCCCGACUGUAACGUCCACCUCAUCCACAGAAACAAGCCCCACUCCCCACUGUAACGUCCACCUCAUCCACUGA